AUGCCUACUCAACUGGAAGAAUUGGUGUCUUUUUUACACUCUGCACAGCCAGCUGUGAGACAAAUAGCCCUGGAUAAUGUGGUGGGAUUCAGCACCGGUGCCAACGCUGCAAUUUUCAAAUACGACAAUUACAGGGCGAUUAAGGACCUGAAAGAACUGGCGAGGGAAAAUUCAAGACUUCUGGUUCAGCAGUCUGUUACUAUUUUGGCGAACUUGUGCGAUGAUCCAACGAUGAGACGAUUGAUUGCGGAUGAUGGCGAUUUUGUCGAGUUCUUGACGUGGAAAAUCUGUGACCUGAACAAUUCAAGUGCUGAUAUUAUGUGUAUCCUGCUAACUAACCUGGCCAAGGAAGAAUGCAUAACCCGUAUAUUUAGUUUGGGCAAAAAAAAUGCAGGUGAAGCCGGCUUAGACACAAACGUUUUCAAGAGUGGCAUGGUCAUGGACUGUCUAAUGGACUGUUUUGUGAAAGGUCCCGACAGAUCAUUGAACAAGUUUGCGAAUUAUGACUAUUUGGCGUACUUUUUCGCGGAUAUCUCGAGAUUCCGUGUGGGAAGAGAAUAUUUUAUCCAGAAACAAGACUACGACGGCGUUGUACCUGUAUCAAAGCUUCUGGUAUUUACCGAAAAGUUUGACUCAAAAACCAGACGUGAGGGUGUAGCCUCCACAAUCAAAAACUCUCUUUUCGAUUCUGAAAAGCAUGAAGAAUUGUUAACGAACGAAAAUAUUAACUUGCUACCGUACAUCCUUUUACCGAUUUCUAGCGCGAAGGACUCCGAAAUAGAUGACGAGGAUAUGUUCAAGCUACCGGAUGAGCUACAACUUCUUCCGGAGGACAAAAAAAGAGACCCUGUACCUGAAAUUAUAUGUGUUCAUUUGGAGAGUAUUUUGCUGUUGUGUACCACCAAGAGUGGCAGAGCUUACCUCAGAGAGAAAUCGGUUUAUCCUCUUAUUAGAGAACUCGAAAAAAACGUCGACAAUAAUGAAAUUAGCGAGCUCUGCGAUCGUGUCGUCAACAUGCUCAUGAGGGGCGAAAUUGGGAAUGAUCAAGUCGAAGAACUGCCCGCUAAAAACGCAGAAGAUGCUGAAGAGGACGAAGACAAAGAAAGCGAGGAUGAAGAUGACGAUGACGCAAUUGUAGAGGUUGCAUAA